AUUUAGUUUCAUGUCAGUGGCGAUACUGCAUUUACAUAAGUUCUAGUUCGACGAGGUGUUAUCCGAAAGGAAAACAAGUGUACUUCAAAAUACAAGUAAUUUUUAUCAUUGAUAGUGGAUAGUACAGUGUUUACAGUAAGAACACAAUUGCUCGAAAUCGGAAUGGUCACAGUUCUCAGGCAGAUCUUUGUAACUUCAACGCCGAUGAUCUGGUAGCUUCAUCACAUGCAUCAUAAUCAUCAUCAUCAUCAUCAUUAGCAUCGGGGAUGCUGUUUGACUGCAUGACGUUUACCCGCUAACGGCACACAUCGUGAGGCGCAUUGUAUGUGUGUGUGUGUUCGGGUGGUUGUGAUUGAAAGUGAAGAGAUCGAGCGGUUCACGGGGGUGGUAGAUGCCAACAUCUCCGGGAACCGGCCUGAAUCGAUGCGCCCUUGAAGGGCCCAGCGCCAGCGCAGUAGGCUAGGCUAGUCGGAGACGAGAUCGUCUGCUGGUGAUUUCAUCACCAUCCCGUCGGAUCGGAUCGAAGCAAGUGACCGCGACUACGAUUCUCUCUAUGCCUAGCAGCAGCAAGGGAUCAUCGCCACCGCAGCCAACCAGCCGAAGAAGCAAACGAAGACGAACGCCGCACGAUGACGUGAAUGAACUUGACUGCGAAGCGACGAAACUGAUUGGACCAUUUUUACACAAUCAACAAAAAAACCAAUAAUCACCUACAGCAAACGUUCUUCUAUCCUUCUUCUGCCACGGACGAAUCCCGCGAUACGCAAACACAUCGACCCCCGGACGAUUGCUUCCGACUGAUUCCGACAGAGAGAACACUACUAGCGCACACAACACUCCUUCUACCUUUGUAUACCUCUUGAUGAAACAGCUCAAGGACCAGAAGUUCAAACUCUUCAGAAUGCUGACCCGAAGGAAUUGGCUGCUGCGGUGCAGCAUCCUGAUCAACGUGGCCGUGCUGCUGUACCUCUGCAGCCAUGUGCUGAUCGGUGGUGGCAAUUUUGCCCUCGGACCGGCCUACAUCAUCUCCGAUGAGUCGAUGAUGAAGUCGCCGACACAGUACCGAACACACAUUCCGACCCAUCUGGCCCAGCAGCUGAGGCAGGAGGAACGGGAAGCACUGAUGCUGCAGCAGCUGACGCAGUCCCAACAGCAGCAACAGCAGCAGCAGCUACAACAACAGCAGACAGGACACAGUAGUGUAGUAGUGAAGAUUCAGGAGAAUGGGAUCAGCGUCCAAGAGGUGCCCCAACAGCAGCAGCAGCAGCAGCAGCAACAACAACAGAACCAGCAGGACCAGCUGCUGUUGGAAGCUGGGCGCGAUGUAGAUAACACUAAUAAUAACGUAAACUUAGAUGAUAGACGAUUCGAUGUGCCAACCGAAACAAGUAACAGCAACAACAACAACAACAACAACGGCCCUAGCGGGUCGAACAAGGCCGCCGAAGUUCUGUACCAGGACGGAGUGGUUGCCAAUGGCGCCGGAGCUGGUCUCCUCAAUGCUAGUGAUAUCUUCUCGACCACGGCGUCGAUCGAUCUCGAUAUGAAGCUACGGUCGUUGCUAAACUGUCACGAUCGUGACUACGAGCCGUACAUCGGCCAGCGGGGUGACUUCUGGGUGCUGAAGAACUACAUCCGCGCCGAGCACGGCGGGCUGCGUUGCCAUGAAACCAUCACCUACACCACACAUGCCGACUACACGUUCCUCGAUAAUCUGAUACCACUGCUGGAAAGGUGGAAUGCCCCGGUCAGUUUAGCGAUGCAUGCGCCAGGCACAGACUUUGCGCCCACCCUGAACGCGGUCAAGUAUCUGAGAGACUGCCUACCAGAAAGUCAUUUAGUCCGUCAGUUUGUCACGUUUCAUAUUUAUUUUAGCAGUAAACAUAUUCCAAAAAACGUUCCUAAGUACGAGAAAGUAUUAGAACCACCCAGCAACUGCACACAGCCGGCACCGUACUUCAACGUGUCGAGCUCGCAGCUGUACAAGUCGCAGAAGAAGCUGCUGUAUCCGGUCAAUGUGGGGCGGAAUAUUGCCCGAGAUGCGGCGAUGACCCACUUCAUCCUAGCUAGUGAUAUCGAAUUGUACCCGAAUCCGGGUCUAGUACAUAAGUUCUUAGAGAUGAUAGUUAGAAACGAGCCGGUGCUGCAGCGUAAGAAUCCCAGGGUAUUUCCACUGUCGAUAUUCGAGGUGGACAGCAGUUCGCCAGUCCCGAGGGACAAAACCGAACUGCAGGAGCUUCUGCGUAACGGCAAAGCGAUUCCAUUCCACAAACGAGUCUGCUCCAGCUGUCACGGGGUGCCCAAAUCGAAGGAGUGGAUCGCUGCCAAUGAAACCGAUGAUUUGGGCGUGUUCCACAUAGGAAAACGGGUGGGCUACUUUGUCCACUGGGAGCCGAUCUACAUCGGUACUCACGCCGAUCCCCACUACGACGAGCGGUUGAGUUGGGAAGGCAAAAGUGAUAAAAUGACGCAGGGCUACGCCCUCUGCGUACUGGACUACGAUUUCCACAUCCUGGACAAUGGGUUCCUGGUGCACAAACCGGGCAUCAAGGUGCUCAAGAAGGACCCGAAACGGGCGAUGCUGGCAGCCAAAACGAACCAGCUGAUCAAGAAGAUCAUCUAUCCGGAGCUGCAGGUCAUGUACGGAACCCGGAAAGGCUGUGCUGUAUAGUUGAAGGGGAAACCCACGACCCAAUAGUAUAAGGACGCUAACGGUAAGCCUGGUGGUGGUGGCGGUGAUGUUACGAGCAAUACGAGCGGCCGCACAAGCAUCGGUAGAAGUAGCAGCAGCAGCAGCAGCAGCAACAGCAGGGAGCUCGUUUUUAGUAACUUUGGUGGUGGUGGUAUCGAUCCGGAUGGGUUGUCCGGGCCUUUGUCCCUGUCCUCGUCCUCACUGGCUACGGCCGGCGCCGGGUUCCUGUUGGCCUUCCGGGAGCGACCGCACGUCAGCAGCCGCAGAAAGAAGGGCAAACGGAAGGGGUACGUGCGACGAAGGUAAGAAUGAUAAUUUCUACACGUGUAAGAGAAUGGGAGUGAGUGGAUGAUCACGAGAAGCACUUGUGAAGUGUGUAUUGAAUGCAAUAAUAGUCGUUUUAAGAACACAAUCAGGAGCGAACGGAGGAAUAAGGCGCGGUUGUAGGUUUGUAAGCAGAAAAGUGAUAUAAUGUAUUGACGUAACAUACUCUUAGGGUUAGGCAAAGAAGUUUAAAAAGGGCUUUUCUCUAUCGUGUUGACAAAAAUACCGUCUUGGUGUGGACAAAAUUUGUGUUUCGAGUUGGUACACACACACAUUUCAAUUUGGAUCCAAAGCAAAGAUAUGUCGUUUAAUUGUUAUAAUCCACGGAAAAGCAGGUGGAAUAACCAAGAACAAGAUGGUGUUGGAUAUUUUUUAACCACUUUUACACUGAGGAAAAAAUAAUUCAUUUAGAGAAUAAAGACACUAAUCGAAACGCAACAUGAAAAUAAGUAAACACGAACACAAAACAGCUACUGACUAAUAAACGAAGUAAUAUGAAAACUAGUGUUACCACUUGGUGAUCCUUGUACGGUUAUGGACUGUAGCAUUACUUCACUACCUACGGUUCAGACAGUGGAUGUGGCCAGCAGCAGUCACCAACAUCCAAAGUUGCAGAUUAUCCUAGUUCAACUGCGAUGAAACUGCCUUCCUUGUUUCGGCACUAAAUAGUGUUUCGUGGUUUACUGCACUGGUAGUUGAAAUGCAAACGUUUUUAAGCCUAAAUUGACGAAGAUUAUAGUUUUUAGUUUGGUCAUGCUCUCCAAAUUAAUUCAUAAAAAUAUUCGAUCAUUUUCAAAACAGCUACUGAAGUAUCCGUCGAACCAAAGUUUGAACCACGAAAUACUGAUUAUUAUAAUUUUGUUCCGUCUUAUUGAUCACACGAAAGAAUCUCUUCCAAACACAAAAAUUUCCAACCACAUCUUUAAUUUUUCUCUAAGAUGAGUGCCUUAUUGUAUUGAACACAACAAAAAAAACGAUAUGAAAUAAACACAAAACAUGUGUUUAAAACUACAAAAAAGAGAAAAAACAUUUUCGUACUAGAAUUUAGAAACCACCCAACACAUUUGUCUAAUCACUUUAAAUGUCAUUGAGUCAUCAUUCACGAAUCGAACCGAAACCUAAAUCACGUCGCAACCUUCGCUCGGAUAUCCUAUCGGCGGCCUCAACGGAAAUGAGAGUCUACUUCUACGUUUAUCAGUUUAUUUGUAAAUAGUAGCCAACAGCAUCCUCACAGCUCUAGAAGGGUUAAAUUAAGAUUAGUCUUAUUAUUUGCCUAUAGGUGGUGUACAAUUAAGUUUCGAACAAGUAGAACAUGUGCUCAUUUUAAAUCAUAGUUUUGUACCAUAUUGCUAGGCGAAUAUUUUCAACCCCCUCAAUGUUCGUACGAACCAUCAUCAAUAUUAUUUCUUUGUGUAAGUGUGCUCACAAGAGUCAGUAGAAAAUAGAAGGUUCGUUAUAAGCAUCUAAAAAGUUGAGGUUUAUUUUUAGAAUUUAGUUAGUUGGAUUUAUGUUUCACUUUUACAUAGAGUUUCAAUCGCUGGCAACACUGUAUAGUUACUAUUGUAGAUCGUAACGUUGUAGCGGAAAGUACUGCAAAGUUAAUCCGUAGACGAAAUAGAUGCAACUACAGGAGAGGAUACAAGUAAUAGUAUUGUUUUAACGAGACAAAAAUACAAAACAUUUCACAUCCUACAGAGAGUAAUCGAAUAUGUUAGCUACAAAAAUCAAUAACUUAUUUAUUGCUUUUAUCGAACGAUGAACGACCAGAGCAUUUCCGCCAUCUCUUUCCCAACACAAACACACAUCCAAGCGAACUAUCAUUAGAAGACAUCACAGUCACAUUGAAACACUGAAUCGUCAUCGACACUGAAAACAAAAAGUAUGGAUAAAAAUAUCUGUGAGCAAAGUGAGAAAAUUGAAAAAAAACUCUACUAUUAGAACAACUACAACACAAGCGCCCAACUCUUUUUAGUGAGCGACUACCAACCAACCCUGGAAAAAUAAAUGUAUUUAAACUAA